AAGACAUUAUAUAGAAAACCCCUUGUUGCAGAUUUCCCCCGCUUUCUCACUUCAAUGAACAAACCCUCUCUUCCCAGCUUAGCUCCACUGUUCAUCAUGUCUUCAAUUCCUUCUUCUCAUCCAAACCCUAACCCUAACCCCCAAUUUUCCCAGCCUUCAAUUUCAAUCAAACCAGUCAAAUUCAAAUGCAAGAAGAACAAGAACAUUCCUAAUUGGUUAGAGCUUCCUGAGGAAGUUUUGUUUCUGAUUUUCUCGAAAUUAAACACGAUUGACAUCAUCGAGAAUGUUCAGAAAUCUUGCAUGCUAUUCCGCAAGCUCUGUAAAUCACCUUCCAUGUUCAAGGUCAUUGACAUGACCCUGGAAGAUGCGUAUAUGGACUUGCCUUAUGAUCCUAAUGUAAUGACUCGAUUCGCAGUGGAUCGUAGUUGUGGUUGUUUGGUUGAUAUUUAUCUGGAGUAUGUUUGUAACGACGAUACGCUAACGUACAUCGUUGACAGGUCGAAGAAUCUUAAGCAUCUGCGACUUGGGCACUAUAUCGAUGUUUCUGAUGAAGGACUCAUUGAAGCUGUAAAAAAGCUCCCAUUGCUCGAGGGAGUAGAGCUUAUUCUGUGUAGUUACUCUGUGGAUACUGUUGAAGCUAUUGGCCGAACCUGUCCUUCAUUGAAAUCAUUCAGCCUAAAUGCAGUUGGGUCUAGUGAUCGUAAGCUAGCUUGCAACGAGGAAGCAUUGGCUAUUGCUAAAAAUAUGCCUAAUCUGCGAAAUCUUCAACUAAUUGGGAACCAUAUGACAAAUGAAGGGUUGAAAGAAAUUCUUGAUGGAUGUCCUCUUCUUGAAUCCCUUGAUUUACGCGCAUGUUUCCUGGUUGAUUUAUCGGGAGACUUGGGUAAAAGAUGUGAACUGAUCAAGAACCUGCGAUUGCCAUUUGACUCCACUGCAGAUUAUGACCAUGAAGCUUAUGAAGAUCACCUUGCUGACAAGUGGAGGGGCCAACAGAAUGAUUAUGACUCUGGUUUUGGUUUCUAACCAAGCAGCCAGGACAGAUUUUCGGACGUGUUGAGGAUAAAUAUAACAUAUCCUGAUUACUGUGUGAUGAUUUCCUGAUCUGUUUGCUUUGCUGGUGAUGACUCCCAUGGACUGUGAAUCUUAUGACUGA